AAAGGCUGCGGGUCGCGGUGGUAUCAGCGGCGUCGCUGGGAGCCAUCAGCACGUGGCGGGAAGGGGCGGCGCGCGCUAGCUGUCGGCUCCCGGGAGCGGCAGGAGCUACCCGCUUUCGCGCCUCCCGUCGUGUUGCCCUCCCGACAUGCCCGAGGAGGCGGGCUUCCCGCCGGGCAAGAGAUUCCGGCCGGGCGCCGGGCCUCCGAGGCGCGCCGGGUCCUGCCCUCACGGGCGGCGAGUGGUGAUGCUGCUGACCGCGGGCGGCGGCGGCGGCCGCGGCGGAGGAGGCCGGAGGCAGCAGCCGCCCCUGGCCCAGCCCUCGGUCAGCCCCUACCCUGAGGCCGUGGAGCUGCAGCGCCGGAGUCUGCCCAUCUUCCAGGCGCGGGGGCAGCUGUUGGCCCAGCUCCGAAACCUGGACAGCGCCGUCCUCCUCGGGGAAACCGGCUCUGGGAAGACAACGCAGAUCCCUCAGUACCUGUAUGAAGGGGGGAUUGGCCGCCAGGCCAUCAUUGCCGUGACCCAGCCUCGUCGAGUGGCUGCUAUCUCUCUGGCUACCAGAGUCUCAGACGAGAAGAGAACCGAACUCGGGAAGCUGGUUGGCUACACGGUGCGCUUUGACGAUGUCACCUCGGAGGACACGAAAAUCAAGUUCCUGACGGAUGGCAUGCUUCUGCGCGAGGCCAUUUCAGACUCCCUGCUUCGGAAAUACAGCUGCGUCAUUUUGGAUGAAGCCCAUGAACGGACUGUUCACACGGAUGUGCUCUUUGGGGUGGUGAAAGCUGCCCAGAAGAGGCGAAAGGAGCUGGGGAAGCUGCCUCUCAAAGUGAUUGUGAUGUCGGCCACGAUGGACGUGGACCUGUUCUCCCAGUAUUUCAGUGGAGCCCCUGUCCUCUACCUGGAGGGCCGGCAGCACCCGAUCCAGAUUUUCUACACCAAGCAGCCCCAGCACGAUUACCUGCAUGCGGCCCUGGUCUCCGUCUUCCAGAUCCACCAGGAAGCCCCCUCCUCUCAGGACAUCCUGGUGUUCCUCACUGGGCAGGAGGAGAUCGAAGCCAUGAGCAAGACCUGCCGGGACAUUGCCAGACACCUCCCGGACGGCUGCCCCUCCAUGCUGGUCCUUCCGCUCUAUGCCUCCCUGCCCUACGCCCAGCAGCUGCGCGUCUUCCAGGGGGCCCCGAAGGGCUGUCGCAAAGUGAUCAUUUCAACCAACAUCGCUGAAACCUCCAUAACCAUUACAGGAAUAAAAUAUGUAGUUGACACGGGCAUGGUUAAAGCAAAGAAGUAUAACCCCGACAGUGGCCUGGAGGUGUUAGCUGUGCAGCGGGUGUCAAAGACCCAGGCCUGGCAACGCACAGGACGGGCUGGCAGAGAGGACAGUGGUAUCUGUUACCGGCUCUACACGGAGGAUGAGUUUGAGAAGUUUGAGAAGAUGACGGUGCCAGAGAUCCAAAGGUGUAACCUGGCGAGCGUGAUGCUGCAGCUUCUCGCAAUGAAAGUCCCAAACGUGCUCACCUUUGACUUCAUGUCCAAACCAUCUCCAGAUCACGUUCAGGCAGCCAUCGCCCAGCUGGAGCUGUUGGGUGCCCUUGAAAACAAGGACGGCCAGCUCACCCUGACUCCAAUCGGAAGAAAGAUGGCGGCUUUCCCGUUAGAACCCAAAUUUGCCAAAACCAUCCUCCUGUCCCCCAAAUUCCACUGCACGGAGGAGAUACUGACCAUCAUCUCCCUGCUGUCAGUGGACAGCGUGCUCUACAACCCCCCCUCCCGGCGGGAUGAAGUGCAGGCUGUGCGGAAGAAGUUCAUAUCCAGCGAGGGCGAUCACAUCACCCUGCUUAACAUCUACCGGGCCUUCAGGAACACAGGCAGAAACAGGGAUUGGUGCAAAGAGAAUUUUGUCCACAGCAAGAAUAUGAUGCUGGUAGCUGAAGUCAGAUCACAGCUGAGAGAUAUCUGCCUAAAGAUGUCCAUGCCGAUCCUGUCGUCGCGAGGGGACACAGAGAGCGUCCGCCGCUGCCUGGCGCACAGUCUCUUCAUGAGCACCGCCGAGCUGCAGCCCGACGGGUCCUAUGCCACCACGGACACCCACCAGCCCGUGGCCAUCCACCCCUCGUCCGUUCUCUUCCACUGCAAGCCAGCCUGCGUCGUGUACACGGAGCUGCUCGUCACCAACAAGUGCUACAUGCGCGACCUGUGCGUCGUGGACCCCGAGUGGCUGUAUGAGGCUGCCCCCGACUUCUUCAGGAGGAAGCUGAGGGCCUUCAGGAACUGAGCCGCCCGGGGCGGGAGCUGGGCCGCAGCCGGCCUCACUGCGGACUCUCAGGCUGGCACCCAGAGCGGUCGUAUUGAGCGGAUUAUGCCCGGCCUCUGGGAGCUUGAAAGCAUCUCUGUCUAAACUCCUCAGACUGAACCACACAGACAUGCAGUGAACUUGGAGACUUCAAAAUGAUGCUUUCGGUUCUUGCUCGGCGACUUUGGGUGACUUAGUUAACUUCUGAGCCUCAGUUUCCCUAUCUGCCAAGUGGGGGUGAUAAUAAUAAUACUUACAGGGUUGGGGUCAUGAGGUUUAGAGCAAAUGAAAGGAAAGUACCCAGAGCUGUGCCCGCCCACGAUAAACACGCCUGAAUCGUGAGCCGUGGAGCUCGGUUGCUGUUACUGCUUUUCUACAUGAUGUGAACCAGGUACAACAAAACCCCCUGAGUUCUCGAGACUGAGGGGGAUUGUCUGGAAAGGGGACCACCAGAGGUCACAGAGCUGUUGACCUUGGAUCUAUUUUAACUUCUAUCUGCAUGGAGUUUUAUAACAGAAAACAGAAGAGAUUAACUUCUGUUUCAGGAGGGAGGUGCUUUUGGGCCAUGAACACUUGAGCCUAAGGAGUGUCUCUGAGCUGAGCUUAAGGCAUUUCUCCUCUGGCCCUGCGGGUGGGCGGAGGUGAGAACACAGGCAGCUUUGGCUCAUCCAUCACCUCAUCUAGUGUUUAUGUUCUUUUAUUUAUUUCCUAUGGUCAUUUCCUAUGAUCGUUUUUCCUUCUUAGAGACCUGGGGACAGCCUGGCUUUGCCACUCGCCCCUCUCUAGCCCUCAUUUUCCAUAUUUGUCAGAGGGGAUUAGAGGGUCUCCACAGUCUCUUCCUGUUUUCAUAUUUUGAGGAAGGAAAAGACACCAAAAGUUCUUCUUAGCUAUUUAAUUAUCAAAAGCAAAUAAUCUUUCCCCAGAGAAUGCUAUGCCCUAGAAGACGCCAAGAUUUAGCCCUUUUAUUGUGCUUAAUUGGUCAAAAUACACAUGUGCAGUAUUUUGGUUAUUCCUUUAUUUAAUAGAGGCCUAGGAUGUUUAGGGUUCAAAAGGUAUUGGUAAAAGAAAAUAUUGUAUUUUUAAUAAAAUGUUCAAAAGGUAUUGGUAAAAGAAAAUAUUGUAUUUUUAAUAAAACGUUCAUCAUGCUGGUAAAAAAUUGGGAGUGGGGUAAUUUAUUAUGUUCCUCAGCAAAUUAUAUAGAGGAAUUCUCUGGGACAAGUAAAAUUUAAAAUUUUAAAAAUAGCUUCUAUGUUUCUGUACAGAAAUAUAUUUAUCACUAACAUUCUGGUAGAGUUUUCAUACAGUAGUUUUUUAUUGGGCUUUUUAAAAAGUUAACUUUUAACAUAGCUGCUCAGGGAUUAAAUCAUAUUGGAAAAGCUGGUCUGACUCUCCAUAUUACUACAAAGAAAUACAUGGUUGUUUACAUUCAGCUGCAGGGGAUAGAUAAGUACACUUUAAACUUUCUUAAGAAAGUUAAAUGUUUCACAGUGAUGUUGCAAUCUAACCUUGAGCUAUUCUUUUCAAUCCUACAAUCUCCAGUGGUGUGCCGCCUUUUUUCCAACCUGUGAAAUCCAUAUCUAGGUGAAUCACUAGCUCCCUUGAGCAGCUUCAUGUAAAUAGAUGCACUCCAAGCAGAUCACAUGCCUCAGAUGUUUGUCUUCUGCUUCUAGUAAUCAUGGAGUGUGAAACCUCCAGAGCAGCAUAGAUCUAAAAACUGCCAACACCCAGUUCUUGGUAAAAAAAACCUUUGGUAAAGAGAUGCCAGAAUGGAGACAAGUUUUUGCUCUGUGGAUAAGACUGAUUAUGUACUGUGAUGCAUAUAAAUCCAUUUAAUCCAGCUGUCAAGAAAUGCUUAGAACUGUGGCCAGGCAUCUAAGAUACCAUUCCUUGUGCAUAGAAGGAAACACUGCACCUGUGGGGAAGCAAGAAUUUCAUUAUAUUUUAUUUGAUCAGAAUAUUAUAACUUGCAGCAAAAAAAAAAUCUAGUUGGUUCAGGUUUAUGUUGUAUUUUGAGAGUCUCUUCUUGUUCAAACAGAGCUCUAAAGAAGCACUGGCUCUUGUAUAUAAUGCUCAAAUUUGCACAUGACUA